UUUCAGCCUCUCUUCCCUCGCCUUUUACAUCUAUUCCGUUCAAGAGAGAGAAAAAUAGAAAGCUUUCAUCAGCAGUCGUCAAUGGCGAAAACCUCUGCUUAAAUUGAAUCAACCACUUUCACACAAUCUCUCUUCGUCAAUACAAUAUUCUGUAAUUGAGCUUGGUUUUGUCUCUAAUGGCGGCUGUAACAUCACUGUCGUUCUCCGCAUUAGCGCAGUCAUUUGAGCGCAAAGUGAGCGUUUCUUCCAUGCGAACUUUCGCGCCCGCUUUCGAUGUGGUUCGCUUGCGCUCGAAUUUAUCCUAUGACCCAUCUGCUGCUGCCGUCAGAGCUUCGAAUUCGUCUUUUGGUUUGGUUGUUCAGUGCAUGUCCUCUACCUCAGGCAUUACUGAAGCCCCACCGGUAUCAGAGACAAAGUUAAAUUUUCUUAAGGCCUACAGACGGCCAAUCCCUAGUAUCUACAACAAUGUGCUACAAGAGUUGAUGGUUCAGCAACACUUGAUGAGAUACAAAAGGACAUAUAGAUAUGAUCCUGUGUUUGCCCUUGGUUUUGUUACUGUCUACGAUCAGCUGAUGGAGGGGUAUCCUAGUGAUGCAGAUCGAACUGCCAUCUUUGAAGCUUACAUCAAUGCACUAAAUGAGGAUCCAGAGCAGUACAGAAAAGAUGCACAGAAAUUGGAGGAGUGGGCUCGUGCCCAGACAUCUGCUUCAUUGGCUGAGUUCUCAUCUAGAGAAGGUGAGAUUGAGGACGUCUUAAAGGAUAUUGCCGGAAGAGCUGGUGGUAAUGGAAGUUUCAGUUACAGUCGGUUCUUCGCAGUUGGCUUGUUCCGUCUCCUUGAAUUGGCUAAUGCAUCUGAACCUACUAUCUUAGAGAAGCUUUGCUCGGCGUUGAAUGUAAACAAGAAAAAUGUGGAUCGGGAUCUUGAUGUAUAUCGCAACCUCCUAUCGAAGCUUGUACAAGCUAAAGAGCUGUUGAAGGAGUAUGUGGAUAGAGAGAAGAAGAAGAGAGGAGAGAGAGCAGCAGAAGUACAGAAGGCUAACGAGGCGAUGACAAAAUGAUUGGGAGUAUACUAAAAUGUGUUGUACGACAUUGCUGUCAAUGUAUACUAAAUAUUAUUAUCUGCACCUGUACUGCCCAUAUUUUUGUUCCCAAGUAACUUAGUCAAGAGCUCUAGAGCUAUACCCAUGUCUAUAUUAUCCCUAGCUCUUAUUUAGAUUUCACUUAUAUGAGGUUGCUUGUAAGUGUAAUUAUAUACAAAUAUUUUCUUUUCAAAUUCAGCAAAAAAAUUCAUUAAGGAUACGCAAAA